AUGAAGAAAUACAAAUCUUACCUGGACUCACAAGAUAAUGAGAUUCCAAAAACGACAAAUCGCCGCUUUAAGGAGCUGGGUGCAAAUAAAGAGCUCCCGGUCAAUUUCAAUAACAAUGAGGCAACCAAGGAAAAUAACAAUGUUCAUUAUACUCAGUGCCCAAGACCAGCAAAGAGAUUCAAAUCGGAUAACCAAGAGCAGGAAAUAGUUGAGUGGAGUGUUAAUGAAGUGACUACUAACGAUGGCAGAGGGCUGCCUCACCAGACCAACUUGUGCCAGUCUCCUGAGAUUCAUCAUCAGGAAGCCAACUUACACUCUCAGACAAUUCAGGACAGGACAGAUAUUGUCUGUGGGGGACACCAAGAGCAUACAACUGAUUUGCAACCAGCACCCGAGAUACCUCACCUGAACCAAGGACCAAGCUCAAAUCCAUCGCAGGGAUCAGAGGUGGAUGAGCUACUUUACCCAGGAGCACCUAUCUCCAGAGGUCAGAGUUUGAUGCUUUUAAUGUCCUUCAUUUUGAGACAACCUCUCACAGCUCUGGAAGCUCUGGAAGACCUCCUCAAGUUGUUUAAUGAACAUUUCCCAGGAACUGUGCCAGCUACUUCUUACCCAUUUCAUAAAGCUUAUGGAAAAGAUAUCAAUGGUUGA